AUGGCUCGUUUGGAAAAUGAUUGUUUAAAAUUGUUUUUUUAUUCAUACGAGCAAACCAUUAAAUCAUUGUUUAAAAAAAAAAAAAAAAAAAAAAAGAUAUUUUAUUUUCCCUCUCCACACUUUGCAUUGUUUUUCACUUUUUUUUUUUUAUUUUUUUUUUUUUUUUUUCUUCCACAACCAUAA